GGUAACAAUAAAUCAAGGAAGAGAGAGAGAGAGAGAGAGAUCCAUUUAUUAAUGGACUCUUCAUCUCCAUCUCUUAAUUUUCUGCCUACUUUCCGAGCGCGGAGUCCAGUCACAAUUACUUCGAAUUGAAGGCCAACUCUUUCUCUCUCUACCAGAGACCAUUAUAAAGACGCCCUCUCCCCUAGAGCUUUCUCAUCGUUCUCUUAAGUCUUCGUUCUUUCCGUUUGCUCUGCGUGAGAAGACAUGGUGUCCACGGACGUUGUUCGAUCAGUUAUUGGCAUUAUUGGGAACGUUAUAUCCUUCGGCCUGUUCCUUUCUCCAACGCCAACCUUCUAUAGGAUAUGGAAGAAGGGUGACGUUGAAGACUUCUCACCCAUACCUUACCUGGCGACGGUGAUGAACUGCAUGCUUUGGGUGUUCUAUGGCUUCCCCAUUGUUCAUCCCCACAGCCUGUUGGUCCUCACCAUCAAUGGCAUCGGAUUGGUCGUGGAGUUAAUAUACCUCUGCAUGUAUUUCACCUACUCAUCAAAGAGGCAGAAGGUGAAGCCAUCAUUGAUCUUGCUGGUUGAGAUGGUACUCAUGGCAAUUGUGGUUGUUGUAACCUUGUUGGUUUUCCAUACUCAUGAAAAGAGAACCUUGUUUGUCGGCAUCCUCUGCAUCAUUUUUGGCACCUGCAUGUAUGCCUCACCUCUUAGUGCCAUGAGAUUGGUGAUUAAAACGAAAAGCGUGGACUACAUGCCUUUCUAUCUCUCGCUUGCUUCCUUCCUUAAUGGCGUCUGCUGGACUAUCUAUGCAUUGCUUCCCUUUGAUAUCAACAUUGUUAUUCCGAACGGGCUAGGAACAUUAUUUGGAGCAGCUCAGCUGGUACUCUAUGGUUGUUAUUUCAGAUCAACACCAAAGAAGGGGAAAAAGGCAGGCGGAGGAGACGGCGGCACCGCAUGUCAUGAGGUCGAAUUGCCUACCAGUACUACUACUCGGUCGUCUAUGGGCCCUGUACUAGCCUCCACGCAGGAAGCUGUCUCCAUCAACGUUGGGGCGCCAUAGAAGGGGGGGCCCUUGCUGUACCCGUCAACUUCUGCGGUGUACGCAUCCACAUCCAUAAGUCUGUCUAAAUGGCUCGUAGAAGAUCCCCUCAGUUUGCAGCUAAUGAACUAAGUAGUUGGUUUUAUUAGGUUCCUGAAAUGGCAAAAUUUUGAGUUCCGCAUAGAGAGAGAGAGAGAGGGGUGGUGCUCAUGAGAGCUAGCUAGUCAUCCACAGCGGAGGACUUUGAGGAAGUCUUUUUCUUUCUUUUCCUUUUCAUGUUAAACUCGAAUUACUUUUCUUUGUAGAUGAACAAAGCCAUGUAAAUGAUGACUCCCUUGUUUUGUUUUCUCA